GGGAGGUCAAAGACAACUCAACACCGAGUCAUCGUGGUGAACCAUUGGGUUUGGCAAGAGUCUUGAGAAUUGGAAGACAUUGAUCGAUUGAAGAGCAAAAUUGUGGUCGGUUUUCAGCGGUACGAACUAUUGAAUUGUAAGGGAUUGAAGUCUUGAGGAGAGUAGUGAUCGGAGACCUUCGUUUCAUUGCCGUCUUCAGAGAUGUCGUACGGAAUUGCAGUCAGUAGGGAGGCAGGUCGGGCUUUGGUGGGAGCUUGUAUUGCAUUGCCUGCAGCUGCGCUCGCUGUUCGAUUUCUGACGGCGAAUCCCGCUAAACCCUACGAGGAAAACCCAAAUCAAGCUGAAAUCCUCGAGCCUCCUCACGUUCCACCUCCCAUUCCUGCUCACGUGACAGAGCAUCAUGCACGAUCCAGUUGAAGUUGUCGAACGGUCGCUGUGCUGAGAAUUGCUUUUGGCCGUCGUUUUGGAGGAUGGGAAGUCGUUUCUCGUACAACAAGAGGGCGGUGGAAGUGGAAAGGACCUGUCGGGCUGUUUGACGACUGCGAUAGUGUAAACGGAAGACUUCCUUCGAGAUCUAUAGCAUGCUGAGUCGGCGUCAAUGUGGCUUCAUAGUUGGGUACAUCCUUGUCUCAAGGACUUUACAUCUGUGCAAUGAGAAUAUGCGAUGCAGAUAUUGCAAGCCCAGGGUUCAGAUUACCUCCUUCUGACCUCUCACACGAAGUAACGUGACCAUCAGGGCGCAAAGGUUCAGAGGAUACAAGGGCAUCAUCAAUUCUAGGUCGGGUUCCGAUAUGAUUCCCAUUUUUGUGUCCAAAUUAGAACAGGAAUCUCCACACUAAGCCCUCAAAAGGUUCAUAUGUGGGUUGGAAAACCUUCAAAUUGUGACUGGGAAUGUGAAGCCGUGGCGAGGAUCAGAAAGAGUCUGUAUAUACUAAAUAGUAUUAAUUUGUCGGUGGUGAGAAUGAAUGGACAUCUAGAAUGAACAGGGAUAUUUUAAGCAGCGAUUUCUCAUGUUAUGGUCGCAUCUUAGACCUCAGUCAUCCAUGCUUCCAACCAUUGCUCUUCAUGUACAUGCAUACUAUGCUUUUUUGGUUAAAUGUCUUCUCUCCUAUUCUAGGCAUCUGAGAGUAUCCU